AUGAAAUCAUUUGUGGUGGUAGCAUUAUUAUUAUCUUGUAUUUUUAUAAAUUUGGCAUUUGCUGACUACGAAGAUCAUGCAAUUACCAAAGUAACCUAUGGUAGUAUUGUUAAAUUAGGUCACGUACCAACUAAAUUCAGAUUACAUUCACAUAAAGUAUCGUACGGUAAUACCGGUGGUGGUAGUGGUCAACAAUCGGUUACCGGUUUCCCUGACAACGACGAUACCAACAGUCUAUGGACAAUCAAGGCUGCCCACGGUGAAUACAAGCCACAAGGAACCAUCGUAAAGAACGGUGAUACCAUUCGUUUGAUUCACUUGAACACCAAAAAGAAUUUGCACAGUCAUCUCGCUGUCUCGCCACUGACAAAGAACAACGAGGUCAGCUGUUUUGGUGAGAACGGUGAGGGUGACACCGGUGACAAUUGGAAAGUCGAAUUGAUCGACUCUAAGGAGUGGAAUCGUUCUUCAGUCUUUAGAUUACAACACAUCGACACCAAGGCAUACAUGGUUGCCAACGCCAACGCUAAAUAUCAACAUCCAAUCCCAGGUCAAUUGGAAGUAUCUUGUGUCGCCAAAAAGAAUGACGAUGGAAAAUGGAAAGUAGAAGAAGGAAUCUAUUUUGAAGAAAGAGAAGAUUUAUAA